AUGCCUUCCGUAUCUCAAGAUGCCGUGUUCAUCGGCGCCAACAGGCAGAACUUCGUGUCCGACUACCUGGCACAGCACAAGACCGUCGCGUACGGUGCUGGCACCACCAUUGCCUUAUGGGAGCCGCUUUCCACCACUGGAGUCUAUCACACGCUCAAGCAACACACCCGUGAGGUGACUGCGGUCAAAUUCAUACCCAACACCGACUUCUUGGUGACUGGAGGCGAGGACGCCGUGCUCUGUGUGUGGAGGAGGACUGGCUCUAGCUAUUCGCUCGUGCAAGCUACCGAACACCACCAGAAGUCCAUUACCUGUAUCGCAGUGUGCGAUGGCAUGUUCGUCACUGGGGGAGCAGACGGCACAGUCAAGACGUGGGCGCUCAAAGACGACCAGUUUGAAGCCGUGGGCCUGGCAGAAAUCGCUCUUGGGCUCUUCCCGCUUUCUCUCGCCCUCCAGCGGGUGGAUCACCACAACUACAUCGUUGCCAUUGGAGGCGUGACCUCGUCGAUCUACAUCUACUGCUUAAACUGGCCCGAUGUCGACCACGUCUCUGUAGUGCAGAGUGCCGUGCUCAAGGGCCACGAGGACUGGGUCAAGUGCCUUUCUUUCGUCACUGAUGUUCCCCACAAGUCGUACAUUUUGGCCAGUGGCUCCCAGGACAGAUACAUCCGGUUGUGGAGACUCAACUUGAACGAUUAUAUCGAUGACUCGGAUGAGGACGAACGCAAGCUCAUUUUGCUCUCCAACAAGCAGUACAAAUUCGCAGUGGGCACUGGACGUGGUGCAUUCAGUUUCGAGGCGUUGAUCAUGGGCCACGACGACUGGGUCACUGGCUUACAGUGGAACCCUUCCAACAAGCUUCAGCUCCUCUCCACCAGUGCAGACACUGCGUUGAUGAUCUGGGAAAUGGACCAGGAAUCAGGGAUUUGGUGCUGUGUGAACAGAUUGGGUGAGAUGUCCAUCAAGGGUGCGUCCACCGCCACAGGUGCCUCUGGUGGUUUCUGGUCGUGCUUGUGGCUCAUCGAGGACUCCCGUCACUACAUUUUGGCCAACGGUAAAACCGGCUCAUUCCGAGUCUACAAAUCCGACGACGAUGCCAAAACCUUCGAGUCGUUUUUGGGAAUUUCUGGUCCAACCAGAGAGGUUACCGAUAUCGUAUGGUCCCAGAACGGCAAGUACGUGCUUUCCACCUCUUUGGACCAGACCUCAAGGUUAUACGCUCCUUGGAAGGCCGACCAAACCUGGCACGAAUUUGCCAGACCCCAAAUCCACGGCUACAACAUGAUAUGCCUCGACAAUAUCAACGCCACCAAGUUCGUGUCGGGAGGUGACGAAAAGGUUUUGAGAGUGUUUGAAAUCACCCAUUCCAUCACCAAGCUCUUGGACAAGCUUUGUGACAUUCAAAUCGUGGCCCGAGAGGAUGUCGAUCAAUUACCAGAGUCUGCUGCAUUACCCGUCUUGGGAUUGUCCAACAAGGCUGCCAACGAGCAGUUGGAGGCCGGUGAGGCUGCCCAGCAGCAGCAAGACGCAGAGGAGAACUACGUUCCUACCAACGACAAGGACGAUAUCAUAGAGGCAUUGUCAUCGCCUCCAUUGGAGGACCACCUCCAAAGAUACACUCUUUUCCCAGAAAUUGAAAAGUUGUACGGACAUGGUUACGAAAUCACCUGUUGCGCUACGUCACCAACCGGAUUAAUUGCAUCUGCCUGCAAAUCCAACUCCUCCAAGCAUGCUGUGAUUAGAGUGUUCGAUUCUGCCAACGACUUCCAACAGUUGCCUCAGGUUUUGGAAGGCCACAACCUCACCAUUACCAGCUUGGAAUUUUCGCGCGACGGCAAGUAUCUUUUGGCAGUUUCAAGAGACAGACAGUUCAGUUUAUGGAGCGUCAACGAUAAAACUUUCGAAUUGGUCCAGCUCAACACAAAAGCUCACGCCAGAAUCAUCUGGGACUGUUCAUGGGCCCCUGCCCAGUUGGGUCACGUGUUUGUGACUGGCUCCAGAGACAAGCUGAUCAAAUUGUGGAGGGUCAACCAAGACAGUGUGGACUUGGUUGCAUCUACCAAGUUGGCUGAUCCCGUGACCUCCAUCUCGUGCUUGAACUCGCCAGUGUCCGGAAAGUUGGUAGUGGCCGUGGGUACUGAGGCUGGUGACAUAAACCUCUUCUCUGCCGAUCUAGAGACCUCCGAGCUCCAGCUUGUGCUUGAAGUGUCCAAAGAGAUCACUCCUGCAGGCAAGGUUUCCAAGUUGGCCUUCAGCAAUGAAAUUGGCGAUAAAUUAUUAUUGGGAGUGGCCAGCGCCGACACCUCGGUGAGAGUGUACUCGAUAGCAUUAUAG